CUCUGAACCAAAGUGACUUUUCCGACCAAAAGAAGAAAGAAAGAAAGAAAGAGAGAGGAAGAGAGAGAUGUACUGGGACACUGUCAUCAAGCCAGGCGACAGAAACAUAGAGAGCAAAGACGCGAAAAUAAAGAUGGAGAUCUGCCAGUCUGGUUAUUACACAGAGGACUUCAGGACACAGGAAGUGCCCGCUGGCUUUGACUUUGCAUCAUAUGACUACCCUGGUGAAGACCUGUCUUUUCUGUUAGACAGCAAAGCGCCCGGACAGCAGCAGUACCCUGCAGAAACCUAUGCAGAGCCACAGAAAACCCCUCGCCUGUACAACAACAAAGUGAGUGCCAGUGACUCAGUGCUCUUCAACCUGGAUUCAUACCCAGAGGUCAACUGGUGGGCCUCAUACCCGCACGAUGGGCUAAUGCUAGACCAGACACAAGCGGGGUACCAGGAGUCUCCCCAGACAUACCAGAGUCUUGUGCACCAGACGGGGCAGUUCAGCCCGGGCAUGGAGGACGGCAACAGCCACUUCCUCCCUGGAAAAGGAGGAAAUACAUUGCAAAGUGAGACCGACCAGAGCUAUUCCUGUCACUCAGCUGACCUGUACGACUCUGAAGCUCAGAGACGGGCGUCCUCCUUCUGGUCUGACUACCCCUCUUCCAGCUUCACCGCCCCGCUGCCGCACCCACACCCGCCUCCAGCCACAUGCCCCUCGAACCCUGGGCAUCAAUCCUCGGAGCAGUACUGCCCCCGUGUGGCCAAACGCAAGAACACACACUCCCAGAGGCCUGAGAGGGAGGGCCAGAUGACAGGAAUGUCUGCUUACCCAGGUUCUGGGCCAAUCCAGCUGUGGCAGUUUUUACUGGAGCUGCUUCUGGACUCGGCCUGCCGUACGUUCAUCUCCUGGACGGGAGAUGGCUGGGAGUUUAAGAUGUCCGACCCCACGGAGGUGGCCAAGCGCUGGGGCCAGUGCAAGAACAAGCCCAAGAUGAACUACGAGAAGCUGAGCCGAGGCCUGCGCUACUACUACCACAAGAACAUCAUCCACAAGACGGCGGGCAAGCGCUACGUCUACCGCUUUGUCUGCGACGUGCAGGGCAUGCUGGGAAAGACUGCACAGGAAGUCCUGGCAAGUCUGAACGUUUUGCCCACAAAUGUAGAGUCCUGGCAGUGUCCUGCGGUACCGGCAACAACGUCAGAGCACAGCAGCGAGACGUGGGUGUCACAGUAGUGAAUUGUGCCGGGACUGUGGUCUGCACAUGUUGGUGUUGUUCAGUUCAUGCUAAUUGAUGUUAAAUAUCCUCACUGGUGUAGUUUGACUCUGGGCAGAACGGUUUUGGGGAAAGAAACAACUUCAACAUUGCCUUAAAUUCACCCUCCAGUCGUCAUUUUCCUCUGCACAUGACGAAUUGUUUUGGGGUGAAAAUCUUGUAAUAUACCUGCUCCAUAAAUGUACUGGGUAGUCGACCUCAGGGGUACAUAAGCAAUUAAGUGGAUCAAGUGGGGACAUUUCAAGCACUAUAAAUGAAUGAUGUUAGCUACAGUCGGGGCCAUGUUUCCAUUUGACAUGGUUCAAUGAAGGCAUCACUCUGUAAAUAAUGUUUAUAUGUUCUCUAUGUAGAGGUUUGUGCAUUUAGAUUAUUUUUUAUACAAAACUCGUGUCUACCUCUGUUGCUAAUCAGACUAA